CUUAACCGACACAGCCCAAAACCCGAGAGCCUUUAUAUCUUACUUUUCCCAUUGUAAUCAACUAUUCUACGUGCACUCUAUUUGCUCAGACUUAUCCGAAUCUCUCCAAACCCUAGUUUUCGGAUCAGGUCUGAGCAUCCAAGUUUUGUGAUUUCAGCGCGCUUGUUGUCUUCCAUUCUCUGAAAAGUUUCAUGUCUGAGCUCGACCUCCAAGUUCCCACUGCUUUUGAUCCCUUUGCUGAGGCAAAUGCUGACAAUUCUGGAGCUGGGUCAAAAGAUUAUGUACACAUUCGCAUACAGCAAAGGAAUGGUCGGAAAAGCCUGACAACUGUUCAAGGGUUGAAGAAAGAAUUCAGCUACAAUAAAAUACUGAAGGACCUAAAAAAAGAGUUUUGCUGCAAUGGUACUGUUGUCCAGGAUCCAGAACUAGGCCAGGUUAUUCAACUCCAGGGUGAUCAGAGGAAGAACGUUUCUGCAUUUCUUGUCCAGGCUGAAAUCGUGAAGAAAGAGCACAUCAAAAUUCAUGGUUUCUGAUUGCCAUCAUCACUCAUCGUGCAGUUAUCAUAUUUGUCGUGCCAGUGCAGGAAAUGCUAUCCAAACUUAGUGAUAAUAAAGUUUCCUAGUGUGUUUUAAUCAAAAAUUGCUAGUGUUGGUUUUCUGCUGGUUUGAUAUAAAUGCUGUGUUUCCCCUCGACUUUCUGCCUCGUAGUUAUGGAUUCUGUUAUAUUUUCCAGCACAAACAUUGUGCAUGCGAAUACAAUUAAUGGCUUUAUCAUUUUUCAGAUGUUGUUAUGUA